AUGGCCUUGCAACCAACUCUUCCAUGGGUUUAUGAUGUGUUCUUGAGUUUUAGAGGUGAAGAUGUUCGACAAAACUUUAUUUCUCACCUAUAUGAUGCUUUGCGUAAAAAGGGAAUCAAUACUUACAUUGAUGAGCACCUUGAAAGAGGAAAGAAAAUUUCACCCGCACUUCUCAAAGCUAUUGAGGAGUCAAGGAUUUCGAUUAUCGUUCUUUCUAAAAACAAUGCAUCAUCCACGUGGUGUUUGGAGGAGCUAAUGAAGAUUCUCGAGUGCAGAGAAAUGAAACAACAAAUAGUUCUACCGGUGUUUUACAAAGUGCAUCCAUCGAUAUAG